AUGGUAUCUCAGAUGCAACGAGCAUUUGCUCAAAAACUUACCAGCAGCAAUGUCAAUUCACCUCCAAAAUUGUCAGAAGAUUCAGCAGCGUCUUUUAACGCUAAUACUAUUCCAUCAAUCAAUGAUCAAAGUAUUCCUACCAGAGUAGAUGCUAUUAUACCUACGAUUGUGGAGCCUGUGGAUUAUGAAAACUAUAAUCACCAACAUCACACUUGUGGUGGCAGUAUUGAGAAUGAUGAUCCUUUAAUGGAUUUUCCUGAAGGUUCAGAUGAUGUAGAUGUUUAUGUUCUGGCGCGUAAAGUGCGUUCACUAAUACCUGCAGGUCCUGAAGAAAAUAUCACCAAACUAGCACCACAUGUACGUGAUUUUGUUAGAGCUUACAGCCGAGAUUGGCUCGUUGUUGAUUAUGUUUAUAGACAAACAAAUACUGUCGAAGAUGAUAGAUCAAGUUUAUUAGCUUAUGAAGAUUCUUGGAUACCUUCAUCUCGAAGCAGUACUUAUAGUAGGACUUCAACAAAUUCUGCAUCUCAACGUACUCAACAACGUCUAAUUUAUAAAAAUGAUCACCAUAAUUAUUCACAACAACCUAAAGAUUUAAUAAAACACAGCAGUAAAAAUUCAAGUUCUACAGGCAAUAUUUCAAGUACUGAAAAUACAUUGGUGUCAAAUAAUACCAGUGGUGGUUCAUCUUCAGCUACAGACCUGAUUAACACAGCUAAUGAUCCGUUAAUUGGAACUGUAUUGCAGAGAUUACCCAUUGAUACACUAGAUAGGUUAAAUGCAGUGGCACGACAAGAAAAUAGACAAAAUCGUUUAUUUGGCUCAUAUUUACCUGUAAAAACACGACAAAAAGGCAAUAAUUAUAUUGAAUACCCGAUUAAACCACCAGUACCACGUGAAAUUGUUUCUAACCGUCGAAUUUUAGUCAAAUGUCUACAACUUGAGUGCUGUUUGGAAAUAGAAACUGAACCUAUAUAUGCUCAUAUGUCAUUGUAUGAUGUUCGGCGCAAGAAAAAGAUGUCAGAAAAUUUUUAUUUUGAUUUCAACUCGUGUACUGCAGCUGGAAAUGAAAUAGAUACAACUACACGCAGUCGUACGUGUGUACUUGAUAUAGAUGGUACAGGAUCGACUUCUGGAGAUGAUUUAUUUUUAGUCAUUAGACUAGAGAAACCCUUACGUGGUGAUUCUGAUUCUGUAAUUUCUGCUUCAGAUACAUCAGCAUUUUCUAACAACGAUAAGAUGGAUAUGAAAUCAAGUAGUAAAUCAACUCAACACCAUCAUGUUAAAUAUCGAAUGCCAUAUGCUUGGACUGCUGUGCAUUUGGCAGAUGUGAUUUGCUGUUCUGGUGGUUCAGAUAGCCUUGAUCGUAAUAGUACAGGGAGUGGAUCAAAUAGUUUAGAUGGAAGGUUUGGACUUAGUGAAUUUGAUAGAUUUCGUAAAAAGUGGACUGCAGCCGGUGGAAGUAGUAUGGAUUCUAAUACGGCUGUUCGUCGAGGGUCACUAGAUCGCAGAACUAGUUAUUCAACAGCAGCUAAUAGCAGUGGAACGCUAAGUACAUCUAAUACUGCUGAUAAUCGAUACAGUUGGUCUUCUGAUGAAUUUACUACUGAUGUAUUCCGGCCAGUUACCCUCACUGUUAAUGGAUUUUUUAAACAAGAAACCGAUAAACUUAAAGAUGAUGAUUUGUAUAAAUUGCUACAAGAACUAAAAAAACCUUCAAGUUGCCCAUCAAAAAAAUUAAAAAAUGUUAACGGUUCUUUGAAAUUAGACAUAUCUCCUUGUCCAACUGAUGAAGUUAAACAGUGUUUGACUGCAGACCUAAUACCAUUAUUAUCAUAUGAUAUAGCCUCUGAGGAUAAAAUUCGACCAAUUAGAGAAAUAUUGGAGUUUCCAUUAGCAAGUUGCCGUGUUUCAAACCCUCACUAUGUUUAUCGUAAUUUGCUUUAUGUUUACCCUAAAGAAUUGAACUUUGCAGGAAGAACAGGUUCUGCUAGAAAUAUUGCGGUUAAAGUUCAAUUAAUGUGUGGCGAAAGACAACCACAAGAUGCAGCAUAUGCUAUUUUUGGCAAAUCUUCAAGUCCUCGUUAUGUAUGUGAAGCGUAUACAACAGUUAGCUACCAUCAACGCUGUCCAUCAUUUUAUGAUGAAAUUAAGAUAAAAUUACCAGCUGAUUUAGAUGACCGUCAUCAUUUAUUAUUUACAUUUUAUCAUGUAAGCUGCCGUCGUCGCGGAACUCUUGUUGGUGCUCAAGAUAAUCAACAACAUAAACCACAAGUUCCUCCAGAAACUCCAAUUGGAUAUACAUGGUUACCUCUAUUAAAAGAUAGAUGUUUAAGUUCUGGAGAAAUAUGUUUACCUGUUGCAUUAGAACCACCACCACCUGCAAAUUAUUCUUAUAUUACACCUGAUGUGGCAUUACCUGGAAUUGAGUGGGUAGAAAAUCAUAAGGGCUUAUUCACAGUACUUUUGGAGCCAGUGUCAUCUAUUCAUCCUAGGGAUAUUCAUUUAAAUAAUUUUUUUAAUUACUGCUCUGUAUUGGAACGUAAUCCAUUACCAAGGCGAGUGGCUGAAUCAAAUAUUGAAGCUGAACUGAAACAUAGGAUUUCAAAUUUGGUUCGUUGUCAAAUUGAUCCACUUAUAGAAUAUGUACCAGUAGUACUCGAUAAAUUGCUCUCCCUAUUGGUAGAAUCGCCUGUUACUCAGCAUCAACAACCCAUGAAUUUGGGACAAACAAUAUUUCGUACUUUAGCCGAUUUGGUGUCAAUGACAAUGAGCCAUUCACAAGGUCAGCAAAUAUUAUCUUCUUAUGUGCGUUAUCAAUGCUGCUGCUGUAAUGUAGCUGCAGCAGCAGUAGCAAACGCUAAAAAUAAUACAAGUGAAAGUGAAAAUGAUGAUUUUUCUGGUGGACAAGAGUAUUCAGAAAGACUAGAUAAAUAUUUUCGCUUAAGAAGUAACAGUGAUCCAGACACAACAAAAAAACCUUGUUCUUCACCACUUUUGGAUGGUAAUGCCUUUGCUGCAUUUAAAAAUAGUGGGUUGGACAGGGCGUGCAGUAUGAAAACUGGCCGUUGUCAAGGGGGUAUUCCACCAUCACAAUUUGAAGAGCAACAACAUCAGCUAUUCUGUUCUGAUCAAAAGAGGUUGACUUCCAUGAAAAGUGUACACGAAGAAUUAGCAUUACAAUGGGUGGUAGCAACUAGUACAGUACGCCGAGAUGCGGCAGCUAACAAUUCAAGAUUUUUUUUUGAUGUUAUAAUUAAAAGCAUGGCUGUUUCAUUAGCAAUGGUGCCCGGAGGAUUAGAUGGUGAUCGUAAAAAUCGUUUUAGUGAUCAAUUUUUUGACGAUAUUUCCACAUUAUGUACGAGUUUUGCUCUAGAUAUUGUAUCCAAUUACGAGAAAGACUCUAAGGUGAACAUAAUCAAUUGCAAUUUAGGGUGGUUUUUGCAUGAUUUGCUAUCUUUAGCUGACAGAGGAUUUGUAUUUGGUCUGAUAAAUACAUAUGUGAAAACAUUAUUUUCAAAACAGCAAAGUCUUCUUAUCCAAUUGCCACAUCAUGAAAACUACUCCGCUUUGUCUAGUCUAAAAUUGGACUUUUUAAAAAUCGUUUGUAGCCAUGAACAUUAUGUGCCAUUGAAUUUGAUUAGUAAUAAUUUUCAUAAUCUGUCACCCACGUUCUCUGUGGCAUCUACAAUUUCAAGUCAGUCUUUGUCAAUGGCCAGUAAUACAAUAACAACUGUUACAGAAUCUACAGUAAAAGAAUAUUCUGAAUUAUCAUUAGGAUUUCGUCGUCAUCAUUAUUUGGUUGGCCUAGUGUUAUCAGAGUUUGUCACAGUGUUACAAUGUUCUAAAAGUGAUUUAAAAGUCAAAGAAAAAGUGGUUGAUUUAUUAUUGGGUCUCAUGUCGUCUCAUGAUACUCGGUAUCAACAAGACAGGUGGUCGUCUAGACGCAAAGCGUCAACAAGAGUUGCCCUCAUGUAUCUACCAUUAUUAACAGCUGUGACCACAGAUUCAUCAUUUCUUAAUUUAUUGCAAUUAGACUUUGAAAAUAGCAAUGAUGUGGUUAAAAAUAAACAUCUCAAUAGUGAAAAUGAAAGCGAUUUUGAUUUGCAUUAUGUCGAUGGUUAUAAAACUCCUGAAAAAAGUACCGAUGAAAAUGUUAAUGCCAUUUCAGCGUCAUCAUUAAUGGGUGUAAAAAAUACCACAGCGUCUUGGUACAGACAAACAAAUAAAAAUAAUUGCCGUAAAUCCAAAUUGAAUGCAGUUACGUCCACCAAAGUCCUAGCUUGCAUAUUAUGGAUAUUAAAAAAUUUAGACAAUGACAUAAUGCAAGUGUGGUUGGCAGAGUCAUCUCAUCAAAGAGCUCAAAAUACAUUGUCAAUAUUGACAUUGUGUAUUAACCGUUUCUACAACAAUUCAAACAACUACAAAAAGGGUAACCAUAAAUGUGUGAAUUGUAAUUCUCAACCUCCAUUUACAUCAACUACUAACUCUGCCCAACCAGCUCCUAGUGAGACGUAUAAUAGUAAUGAUAGUAGUAAUAACAUGUCAACAACAGCUUCAACCACAUCGUUAUCAUCUAGUUCUCAAUUGUCAACUACUGAUGAUGUGAAAUCAAGGCUCGAGGAUGUUAUAUUAGGCCAAGGGUCAGCUAGAUCAGAGUUGAUGCGUCGAAAGGCUGGACUCGAUGCUGGUAAUGGCACUACCGGUACUACUAGUAAAGUGAGAUGGAGAAAAGACCAUGUAUUGACAUAUAAUAGGCCUUCAUCAUUGCAAUCUUGUUCCUGUAAUGUCGAUUGUCAACAACAACUCGAUAAGAUAUUUGGCACCAAUCAAGAUCAACCUGAUGUAGAAUUAGAUUUAGUAAACGAAAUUGGUUUUAUAAUACUUGACACUAUUGAACAAAUCAUUCAGGUGGCUUCUUUGCCUGCUGGCUUAAAAAAUUCAAAUCCUGUCCAUUGGUCAAUUCAUCGUAUUUUCAAACUGCUUCUACGGGCCAUGUCUACUAUUACUGCUACUUCUAAUAAUCAACAAUACACUAGUGGUAGUUCUACUAGUUCAACAUCAACGACAGCUGCAUUACAAUGCAUGUUUGGUACACAGAGAUCAAUGGUUGCAAAGUUUCCAGAACUUUUAUUUGGAGAUGGCCAAGACGAAAGAGAUUUAGAUGUCAAUGACGACGAUAAAGAAAUCGAAAACUACCACUUUUCCACUAGCAGUCCAUCAUCUAAUCGUUGUGCUAAUCUUAUAUUGAUGCUAUUACGCCAUUGUGCUAUAAAAUCGAGUUCAUUAGGAGUCAGAGCACAAGCCGCUGCCUCUUUAUACUCGUUGAUGCGUCAAAACUUUGAUAUCGAAAAUAAUUUUGCUCGUGUGAAGAUGCAAAUAACUGUGGCAUUAAGCACAUUAAUAGGAGGAGCUGGAGCGUCGUCAACAGCUGCAUCUGAAAGUAGAAAAGAAGGAUUGUGUUUCAAUGAAGAGUAUUUGAGACGAGUGUUGAAGACAAUACUUUUGUAUGCUGAACGGGAUUCUGUUGAAUUGCAAAACACUACAUUCCCCGACCAGGUAAAAGAUCUGGUGUUGAACUUGCACACAAUACUUUCCGAUACGGUCCAAAUGAAAGCAUAUAGCCAAGAUCCAGACAUGUUAAUGGAUUUGAUGUACCGCGUAGCUAAGGGGUAUCAGCAGACCUCAUCACCGGAUCUCCGGCUUGCAUGGCUAGAAAACAUGGCUCGUAAACAUAAUCAGAGAAACAAUUUUACCGAAGCUGCUAUGUGUUUAAUUCAUGGUGCUGCAUUAGUCAUUGAGUAUCUGACUACGACAGAAAACCUUGAUUUAAUUGGAUGUAGAGGGGCAACAUGUCUAGAGUGUGUAUCGCCCAAUGUGUUGGAAGAAUGUGCAGUAUCGGAUGAUGUGAUGGUUGUCAGUCAAGCGGCCGAUCAAGUUUGUUUGGGCGACGAAUUCACCGAAAUUGGACUUGUGUCAUUGUUGGACAGAGCAGCAGAAUUAUUCCAAAAGGCCGGUAUGUUUGAAGUAAUGAGUCAAGUGUACAACAAGGUAGCAAUACCUCUAAUAGAAAAGACUAACGACUACAAAAAACUAUCGGAUACAUAUUUGAAAUUACACGAUGCCUAUGGUAAAUUAGAAAAGUUACAGGGUCGUCGGGUAUUUGGGACGUAUUUCCGUGUUGGAUUUUAUGGUGCCAAGUUUUUUGGAUCUGAUGGGUUGGAUGGUGAGGAAUUUGUCUACAAAGAACCCACACUUACAAAACUUUCAGAGAUAUUUGGACGUUUACAGAAUUUUUAUUCCGAACGAUUUGGUGAAGAUUGUGUAACUAUUAUCAAAGAUUCUAACACGGUAGAUGUGAGUUCACUGGAUCCAAGGAAAGCAUAUAUACAAAUCACAUAUGUAGAACCGUACUUUGAUGCUUACGAACGCCGUAUACGUGCCACACAUUUUCAAAGAAAUUUUAACUUGAAACGCUUUGUGUUUUUCACACCAUUUACUCCCGAUGGUCGAGCACAUGGACAACUAAAUCAACAGUAUAAACGUAAGACUAUUUUGACCAUUGCGCAUCAUUUUCCUUAUUUGAAAACCAGAAUUCGCGUACAAAGUCGCCAGACGAUUGUUAUGGGACCCAUAGAGGUGGCGUUAGAAGACUUGAAAAAGAAAACUGACGAAUUAGCACGUAGUGUCCGUCAGCAUCCGGCCGAUCCAAAAAUGUUACAAAUGGUCCUCCAAGGAUGUAUAGGCACUACUGUAAAUCGAGGGCCUAUGGAAAUGGCUACAGUGUUUUUAGCUCCACCACGAUAUGACAAAAAUAAUACCAAUGAUAGAAUUCCAGAAGUCCCAGAUGAAUGUUCUGUGCAACCUCCACCACCACGAUUACAAAACAAAUUACGACUGUGUUUUAAAGAUUUUUCCAAAAAAUGUGCUGAUGCUUUAGCAAAAAACAAAACUCUUAUUGGUCCGGAUCAACGAGAUUAUCAACGUGAACUUGAGCGUAAUUACAGACGAUUUACGGAUCAGUUAGCUCCACUUCUGAUAGCCGCUACUUCGUCUCAUUUUGGAAGUGGUGAUCCAGGCUUCAUUAAUUCAACAAACACACGUGGUCCUUAUGGCCUCCAUCAUAACGGUGGAUGUAAUAUUAAUACUCUGACAUAUGAUGACAAUAAUGAUAACCAAGACGAAGAAGAUGAUACAACGAUAACAAACAUUAGCAAUAGCGGUAAUGAGAUGAAUAUGCCUAACAAUAUUAAUGGCGAUUCAACGUUUACAAUGUAA